AUGCAGCAAGCUGACGAAAAUGCAGUCCUCAAAAAACUAGUCGAAGAGCGCAAAGAAUUUUACCUCAGAAAAUACUGUUCCUCUUUCGAGCCAGAAUAUGACCACUACACAAUAAAAACUCGGCCUCCUCACUAUGUGUAUAAUUUCCGACUGAAUUAUUAUAGAAGGUCCAGAGAAGAAGAAUUAAGAGACGAAGCAAUGAGAGCAGCCAGACUUAAAUGUCACCAGACUGCCAAUGAUUUUUCUAAAUGCUCAGUCGCGAACCCAUUCAAUGAGCCUACAAUGUGCAAAGAGCUAUAUCAGAAAAUGAAACUUUGCUUUCGACAAGAGUUUGAAGUAGAAAUGGAUAAGAGAAGAAGAGAUAUGGAAAGAAACACUGAGUGGUGAUGGAAAAAUAUUUAUGAUGAAGAUGGAGAGGUAGGGGAACAAGCUAAAGAUCCACCUUAUACUUAUGUCGAAAAAGUUGGAGAUGCAGUCGAGUGGCUUAUGAAUAAAAUGGAUGGAGUGUUUUAUAGGCACGAUAAAUAA